AAGAGAGCGCCGCGGAGUGCCCGGAGUCCGAAACGAGGCGCAUCGGUGAGGAGCUAUGGCUCCUCGGCGCCUCCUAUUGGUUGGAGAAGGAAAUUUCUCCUUCGCGGCGGCUCUGAGCGAGACUCUGGAUCCGAACUCUAGACUUAUAGCCACCUGCCUCCAGCAACCGGUCGACUUUGCUCACGAUCCGGGAACCCGGAAGAAUCUACUGCGCCUGCGCGAGCGAGGUACCGAGGUGCGAUUCGGUGUGGACUGCACCCAACUGGCAAAUGCCUUUGAACCACAGGACAGGGACUUUGACCGAAUUUAUUUUAAUUUUCCUCACUGUGGACGCAAAGCUGGAGUAGCUAAGAACAGGCAUCUGCUUGCCAAGUUUUUCCAGAGCUGUGCAGAUGUUCUUGCAGAGGAAGGAGAGGUGCAUGUGGCAUUGUGUAAAGGACAAGGUGGAACCCCAGCUGAUAAGCCCCAGAGAGAAUGGCACAACAGUUGGCAAGUGGUUGCCAUGGCAGCUCUGGGGGGGCUUGUUUUAAGUGAUGUGCAUCCCUUCAGCUGUGAGACUGUGCCAGGGUACAAGUGCACUGGAUAUAGGAGUCAAGAUAAGUCCUUUCAUGUAGAAGGUGCGUUGAAUCAUAUCUUUACCCGGAGUUUACCCUUUGAAGUUUCUCAAUCCAGAAUUUUCAGGUUCAAACUGGGAGACCAGUGGUUUUCCUUUCUAGAACCAGAAGCACUUGCAGGAAAGCUGAACAGGAAUUUCCUGGAAGCAUCUUCAUGUCAUCCUACUAGAACUAUAAAUGAAAAAAUCAUUGCUGAAUUGGGCACAGCCUUCUCUGUAAAAAGGUUGAAGUGUUCCUUCCCUUUAUUGCCACAGAGUGACACCAGCGUUCUCCCUUCUGAGAUCUAUGACCUUCGAUCUGUCUUUUGGAUUAGUCUCUGUGAAGAUAACUCAAAUGAUGACUCCCUGACUGGUGAAACAGUACAAGCAAUGGAGGACCUUCUAGUUACAUUUUCAGAACUUAGCUUUCCUAGGCGUCCUAGAGGAGAUGGUAAGGAAGAAGCUCAUGGGGGAACCUAUGGGCAAGUCAAGCUGUGCCUUAGGUCUUCUCUUCUAGUUUAUGCUCAAGCUGUCAUCCAAGCACCAGACUUCCUUUCAGGUUCUCUGCACAUCCUCAGCGGACCUGUGUUUCGGAAGUGCCAUAUUUUGCCUUUUACAAUGCCAGCAUUUCAUGAAACUUUAUUUAUUCUUGGGUUUAAUAAAAAUCUGAAGGAUAGCUGUCUUUCAUUACUUCUGGAUCUCCUGAAGAGCAUUCUGGAUAGACUUCUAACUCAGACAUUGCUAGAGGGCUCUAAGCUGAGCAGAUCAGUGGAAUUUGUCCUCCAACCAAAUGGAAAAGAUUGUAUGAUUCAUGUGAAGUCUCAUAAUUUUGGUCAGGACUAUGACAAGGAUUUGAUUAUUGGGUCUGUCACCAUCAUAUCUGCAAUGAGCAUUACACAUGAAGAAGAUCAAUGCUUUGUGUUGGUGUCUAUAAACUUGGACUUAUUAACCAUGCUUGUUUGGGGUAUCUCUGAUUGGAGAAUAUUGUGGACCUUUGAUAACCGUUUCCUGAAAAGUUUUGUUCCAGGGAAAGUAGAACCCUUUAAAAGUUAUUCCUUAUAUCCUCCAUGCUAUGUGCAUGAUAUUAGUUUUUGGUUAAAUGAAGAGCAAGGAUUUGAUGAACUGGAGUUUCACACUGUGGCCCGAGCAGUGUCCCAGGACACUAUUGUAUCCAUACAAUUCCUUGGUCGUUUUCAGCAUCCAGAGACUGAGAAGGUUAGUCUCUGCUAUAGAUUGACCUACCAGGCCUGUGAUAAGGCCCUCACCAAGCAGCAGGUGGCAUCAAUGCAGUUCCAACUUAGAAAAGAGAUUCAACAAUUACAUGUUACACUUCGAUAGGUUCAUCAGUCCUCCACUGGGAUAGAUGAAAAAGAACAACUUGCAACUAGUAAUCCUUUCUGGAAUCUUUUUAAUAUUAUUUUUGUAAUAAAAACUUUUUCUUUGUGACUGUA